AUGUCAAACAAUGAAAAACAAGCAGACGAGCUUAUAGCAUUACAAUCAAUUUUUGAUAAAAAAUUUCGUCUUCUCGAUGAUAAUCAAUAUGAAAUAUUAAUUGAAUUUGAUUUAUCAACAUCAUUUAGAAUUCAAUUGAAUGAUAAAAUAUCUUUUAUAAAAUAUUUACCAGCAUUAACACUUAUAAUUCAUUAUCAUGAUGAAUAUCCAAGUGAUUAUCCACCAUCAUUUAUCGUUUCAUGUUUUUAUUUUUCGAAAUAUGAUUUAGAAAAAUUGUGUCAAAAACUUGAUAAUUAUUUAUUUAAAAAAGGUGAAGUAUGUGUUUAUGAUUGGAUUGAAAUAAUUAAACAGAAAAUCACUAAUGAGCUUAUUUUAAAUGAUAAAUUUCAAGAAUACAUAAAUGAUCCACGAGCAUUAAAUGGAUAUUCAUUUGAAAAUGCUAAAAAUAUUUUGCAAUAUUUAAUUAACUAUAAUUAUGAACGUGAAAAUGAAUAUUUUCAAAAACAAUUUCAAACAUGUUUUAUUUGUGAAGAUACUAUUCCCGGUAUUGAUUGUAUUCGUCUUUAUCGUUGUGGUCAUUUUUAUUGUCGACUUUGUUUGAAUAAUUAUAUUCGAAUGAAUUUAGAAAAUGGUUUAUUUGGUGAAAAACUUCAUUGUCCACAAUAUGAAUGUAAACAAUCUUUACUUCCAACAGAAAUUAAACAAAUACUUCACAGUGAUCAAUUAUAUGAAAGAUAUGAAAAAUUAACAUUACAACAUAGUCUUGAAUUAAUGAAUGAUAUUCUUUGGUGUUCAAGAUGUCAAUCUCCUGUUCUUAUUAAUAAUGAAAAUGAUAAUUUAGCUAUCUGUUAUCAGUGUCAUUAUACAUUUUGUAAAAAAUGUCAAGAACUAUAUCAUUCUCAAACAAUGUGUCCAAAAGAUUAUAUAAUUGAACAAUUAAGAAUUCAGAAAGAAAAAGAAUACCAACGACUUCAAAAACAAAAAGAAGAAGCUCUUACACAACUCAACAAAAUCGAAGAAAAUAAGAAAAAUUCUCGUGAAAAAAAAGUUCUGAAACAAAAAUAUCGUCAAAUUGUGAUAAAAUUAUCUGAAAAAGAUAGAUUAUUAGAAGAAGGAUUAAAUGUCAAACAAAUUGAAUCUCUAAAUACUCAACGUUGUCCAAAUUGUAAUAUACGAAUUGAAAAAAAUGGUGGUUGUUCACAUAUGCAUUGUUCACGAUGUGAUUAUCAUUUUACGUGGCAAACAAUAGAAAAAACAGAACAAUCAGAUAUAUGUUUAUUAUUAAAUAAUUAUGAUCGUCAAUCGAAUCAAAUAGAAUCUGUUAAAGAAGAUUUAAACAAAGUAGCAAAUAUUGAUAAUUCGUCUGAACAAGAGACAGAUUCAGAUGAGAUAAAAGAUUUAGCAGUUUCUAUUGAUAAUAAAUCAACUAUUGGUGCUGCUAUUGUCAGUCGAGUUAGACGAUGUCCAGGUAAAUUGUGUAAAAAACUUAAUAUUAAAAUUGAUCAAGAUAAUUGGAUAAUAUGUAAUGAAUGUAUGAAACAAUUUUGCUUUUUAUGUGGACAUGCUAUUUUUGGAAGCCGACAUUUUGAGAAAAAAUGCCAACGAUAUACAUAA